GUCACAGCCCUGUAUCACCACUCUUAAAAGGCUCCCGCAGCCACUCCUAGCACCAGUUGUUGACCAGUCUGCCACUUGCCUCCCUGCCUGCUUCUGUCUGCCUUGAAUGCCUGGUCCUUCAAGCUCCUUCUGGGUCUGACAAAGCAGGGACCAUGUCUACCUUUGGCUACCGAAGAGGACUCAGUAAAUAUGAAUCCAUCGACGAGGAUGAACUCCUCGCCUCCCUGUCAGCUGAGGAGCUGAAGGAGCUAGAGAGAGAAUUGGAAGACAUUGAACCUGACCGCAACCUUCCCGUGGGGCUAAGGCAGAAGAGCCUGACUGAGAAAACUCCCACAGGGACAUUCAGCAGAGAGGCACUGAUGGCCUAUUGGGAAAAGGAGUCCCAAAAACUCUUGGAGAAGGAGAGACUGGGGGAAUGUGGAAAGGUUGCAGAAGACAAAGAGGAAAGUGAGGAAGAGCUUAUCUUUACUGAAAGUAACAGUGAGGUUUCUGAGGAAGUGUAUACAGAGGAGGAGGAGGAGUCCCAGGAGGAAGAGGAGGAAGAAGACAGCGAUGAAGAGGAAAGAACAAUUGAAACUGCAAAAGGGAUUAAUGGAACUGUAAAUUAUGAUAGUGUCAAUUCUGAUAACUCUAAGCCAAAGAUAUUUAAAAGUCAAAUAGAGAACAUAAAUUUGACCAACGACAGCAAUGGAAGAAACACAGAGUCCCCAGCUGCCAUUCACCCUUGUGGAAAUCCUACAGUGAUUGAGGACGCUUUGGACAAGAUUAAAAGCAAUGACCCUGACACCACAGAAGUCAAUCUGAACAACAUUGAGAACAUCACAACACAGACCCUUACCCGCUUUGCUGAAGCCCUCAAGGACAACACUGUGGUGAAGACGUUCAGUCUGGCCAACACGCAUGCCGACGACAGUGCGGCCAUGGCCAUUGCGGAGAUGCUCAAAGUCAAUGAGCACAUCACCAAUAUAAACGUUGAUUCCAACUUCAUAACGGGAAAGGGGAUCCUGGCCAUCAUGAGAGCUCUGCAGCACAACACGGUGCUCACGGAGCUGCGUUUCCACAACCAGAGGCACAUCAUGGGCAGCCAGGUGGAAAUGGAGAUUGUCAAGCUGCUGAAGGAGAACACGACGCUGCUGAGGCUGGGAUACCAUUUUGAGCUCCCAGGACCAAGAAUGAGCAUGACGAGCAUUUUGACAAGAAAUAUGGAUAAACAGAGGCAAAAACGUUUGCAGGAGCAAAAACAGCAGGAGGGAUAUGAUGGAGGACCCAAUCUUAGGACCAAAGUCUGGCAAAGAGGAACACCUAGCUCUUCACCUUAUGCGUCUCCCAGGCACUCACCCUGGUCAUCCCCAAAACUCUCCAAAAAAGUCCGGACUGUGAGGAGCCGUCCUCUGUCUCCUGUGGCCACACCUCCUCCUCCUCCCCCUCCUCCUCCUCCCCCUCCCCCUCCUUCUUCCCAAAGGCUGCCACCACCUCCUCCUCCUCCCCCUCCUCCACUCCCAGAGAAAAAGCUCAUUACCAGAAACAUUGCAGAAGUCAUCAAACAACAGGAGAGUGCCCAACGGGCAUUACAAAAUGGACAGAAAAAGAAAAAAGGGAAAAAGGUCAAGAAACAGCCAAACAAUGUCCUAAAGGAAAUAAAAAAUUCUCUGAGGUCAGUGCAAGAGAAGAAAAUGGAAGACAGUUCCCGACCUUCUACCCCGCAGAAAUCAGCUCAUGAGAAUCUCAUGGAAGCAAUUCGGGGAAGCAGCAUAAAACAGCUAAAGCGGAAGUUAUACCUCAAUCUUCUGCAGUUCUUGCUUUUUCAACAUGUUAGCAAUUGGGAGUUGUGGUGACUACGCAGGAAACCAGCAACAACUGAAAAUAUCACAUUCAAGAGGAGCAAAAUAACACCAACUUUUUCUCUAAAUGCUGCCAAGAAUUUCUGGUGACUGUCUGCAGAGACACUUACAGAAAAUUUAACAGGAAUCUCGACCUGUUAGAACUUGCUGGGAUGGAUUACAAUCCUUUUGCCUCAGAAGCUGUCACUAAUAAAAGCUGUUUUUAAAGAAAUACAAACUUUUUUUUUAAAGCAACAAAUCCAAGUUGUUCCUGACCUCCUUAAAUUAAAAAUCACCACUGGGUUCAUUCAAAAGUAUAAAAUAAAUAUGAAAUACUUAAGACGACACAUUGGCAGAGAUUACUCUAAAUUCACAAAGAAAACUCUGAGGUAAUGCCAAACAAAUUGUUAUGUAAUCAUUUAUUAAGCAUGUGGGAUUACUCAAACAUAGCAGUUACCUAAUCUAAUAUUUCAAGUGGAAAAAAUAUUUCAUUGGUGAAGCAGGGAAUGGGGAUCAGGGAUAAGCAAACCAGAUAAAAUAUUUUAAAAAUUCUAUUAAUGUACUCCAAAAAUCUGGGGCUGUUCUAAUCUUAAAACUUGCCUUAGUGGUUGCUGGUUUAGUUGCAUGAUUAUAAUGUAUUUUUCUUUCUGUUGCCUUUGUUUUUUUUUUUUAAAUCAGUGUGACAGCAUUUUUCUUUGGGUCUUUGCAUGUGCAUAAGCAGAAAAAUCCCAAGCCCUCCACAUUUGAAGUAGGUAAUUGGAAUAAUCAUUUUAUCAUUGCAUCCAGACCAUCUCUGGUGUCUUAAUGCUACCUGGUAGGCAGGGUACUAUAGUGGUGAACGGUUUGUAUUAAGACAGACUUUAUUUUGAAGCUCAGCUCUGCCAUUUAUUAUUAGCGACUUAAAUUUGUGCAAAUUAUUUAAUCUAAGUUUCAUUUGCUUUGGCUAAAAUAUUGGGAUAUCUUGCUUAUAGAAACCAUUUCAUGUAGCGUGCAACACUUCAUAAGUGUUCCCAUAAAUACUAGUUAGUAUUACAAGAAUUCUUUUCAACAUGAUUUUCCUCAAAGGAAAAACAUUUUGGUGAUGAAGGUCUGGGAGUGGGGUGAGCACAGCCAUGGGACUUUUGGAAGCCCCUCUAAAUGGCUUCUUCACCAUCAUGAAAAUGUAGUCCAGUUUGAAACUAGAUGAGAGCCCACAUACCACCACCUCUGUAGAAAGGAGACAGGGCCAGAGGAUGCCACCCUCAGGAAGUCAGAGAGCAGUCUACACUGGGAAACGCAAACUAAGUGGCUCAAUUGUGCCCUCUGGAAACUGUGUAUUAGAAAAAUACCACUAUGGACUGAUACACAUAUUGUCACUGCAAAGCAGGACGAAUAUUUUAAGGUAUUCUUGUUACUACUAACAAGAAGUCCAUGAAAGUUUCACUGUGCACCCAUCCUCCAGUAUCUAUUCGCUUACAAGUUAUAGAACCCACAUAUGAAAAAACAAAUCCUCCUCUGUGCAUUUUAUAUCCACCCCCCUCCACUGCCCUCUUAAUACCUGCACCUGAAAAUUCGUACUCACUGCUGUAAUGGGGGACAGGAGGGAAUGGCAGAAACUAUAAAACAAAAUUGCAUUGGAUAAUUUCUCCAAGUUGUAAGCAGAAUGAAGGUUAUUACCAUAAUAUUCAGAGAAAAAGUAAAGCAAUGCUUUGAAGAGAAGCAGUAACUGAAGACUGAGAAGCAAUACCAUAAUUCUCUGAAACCUGUUGUUUCUUCUAGUUGCCUGUUCAACAUCAUGCAGUUUCUAUCUUUUGAGAUGCUGCAGGGAACAAAAAAGCCAUUGGAAAUUUAGGUCUUGAAACCAAACAGUUGAGAAAAACAGUUUUCUACAUUUUGAAUUUUACAUAGCAUGAUUUACGUUCCUCCAUACGAGAACCGGAACAGCUCUAGCAAGCUGCCUAAUCCCAUUGCCAAGAUGCAUAUUUAGUCAGGCUAGUUCCUCCAGAAUAGAUAUUCAUCUAAAAAUGCCACCUCCACCUACAUUUCUCUCAAUAGCAUGUUGGACACAGAGCCUUCUGCAUGUCCAAAAUUCCAUGGUUAAUGGUCCCUUUUUCCAAUUAUAAGAGAACAACCAGAUGAUUUAGCUUUGACAAAAUGAUUCAAGGAUGUGUUUCCUACAUCAGUGACUUAAACUUUCAUAUUUAGAAAUAAAUUAUGCAGCAAUUUGAUAUGAACCAUCUUGCAGAAAACAGCCUGUAGCCACCAAAUCUUCCAACUAGCCUGUUUUCACCACUGAACCAUUAUCAGUCUUGUGGGUAACAAUUACAAAUAUAAAUCUCCUCCUUACCCUUUUAUUUUACCAACAGUUUUCCAUUAGAUUAGAUGCUGAGUGCAGUCAUGUAAACCUCCCAAGAAUCAUGACCUAUGGAUAAAAAGCUAUUUCUCGAUCUAAAUGGAGUCAGCCACAGAAUAAUUUAUGCAUUAGUUCCUUCUCCGUGUACUUAGCAAGUUGUUUUAAAUUUCCACAGGUCACGAUGGUUCUAUAAAUAUUUUAUAUACAUCAAUAUACAUAAAUGUUCUUGCCCAUGCAUACUAAGACAAUCUCUAAAUAACAUGAAGUAGUUCCAAGACUAGCCUCUCCAGUGACCUGCUAACGCAGGCUUUGUGCUUUUGCACGUUUGGAAGUGGCCUCAGCUGUUGGCACACACACACACACACACACACAAAACCAAUGUAUCUCAAGAGAGUGUCAAGCUUUUCCAGCUGUCCUUUACUUCUCCACCAAUGCAUGCCUUUUUGCCAUUCUUUCCCAAUUGGUCAUGUGCACAAUUUCUAUCCCAAAUCCCACUGUGUCAAGGGAACUUAACUAUAAAUACUUGCUAAGGAAGUGACAGAAGAAAAAAAAAAAAAAGCCUGAUUUCUCAAUGGGACUUAGCAUUAUAUGGUCACAUGAAUUUCCUGUAUUACCAUGAUCUUAGAGAUUAGUACAUAGAGAGAUUUGUUUUAUUCUGGGGUCUAUUUCCAACUUACAGUAAUAAUCAUUUAAAAUAGUUUGUUUCAGUAUAGGACAUUAGAGUAAUACUUGCAUUCAAGUGCAUUUAUCCAUUGGCUUUGAAAAUAAAUACUUCUGGAAAUUUCUGAAGACUCAGGAAUAUUAAUUAAGAGAACAUUUCCUUACAUUUCUGUUCUUUCUUGUUUUAGUCACCAUUUCCCAUUAAUAUUUAAGAAACGUGUAUAUUUAAAAGCUUUCUGGGGAAAACCUUCAGAAAAAAUUCCUUUACAGUUUUACAACGCCUACGUCUACCCUCAAUUUUGUGGAAAAUCUUACCAAUGUGAAGACAGAGCGAUAGUUUUUCACAAGAUGAAAGAUACCCCAAAGUUUAUUAUGGCAAGCAGUUCACAUGUAGGCUCAUUACCACAACCCUAAUAUCACAAGGUAAGACCAAGAUACAAAGAUAAGGCUACACUGAAGUGUUAACCUGCCAUGCAGUGGUAAUGGCAACUACAUUUCUUUUUUUCUGUACAUACAAGUUACCCUAUCUUUUCCAACAACCUAUCAAAUACCAUUUAACAGUAGUACAUAAAUAGUGAAGUAGUCUUUGCAAAGUCUUUACAGAAUCAAAACUGAACUCAAUGCACCAUCUAUUUGUUUUUCCUAAGUUGGUCGAAUGAUCUUGGUUAGUAUGAUUUAGACAAUUUGGAAUCAAACCAACCAACCAAAAAAACCAUGAAAAAUAUAGUGAUUCCCAUAACAAAUCAGUUUUUCUGCUGUUUUGAGUUUUUGGAAAACAAAGUGAUGAAAGUGCUAAAGCAAACAGGGUGCUAAAGGGCUCAUGUGGUGUGUGCAGACUACCUCUCUCUGCACAGUCUUAACUGGCCUAAACCAUGUCAAGUUAAUGCAGUAUGUUGGCUAUAGAACUUAAGGGCACUGGUGCAGAUCUAAAUCUGGCUCAGAAUCUACUUGAACUUCCUAAACAUCUCUGGGCAGCAAGUUCAUUAUAAGCAUGUUCUAGAGCAUCCAGAUAUUCAACCAUGGCCAAAGCAAGGCCUCUUAAAUAGAAUCCUAAGGUCCAUUUAAUGGUGGUUUGGAAAGAAUGUGGUUGAAAUACUAAGGCUAUGCUUGUAUGCACAACGAAGUUCAGAAAACUUAAAAAAAAAAAAAAAGAAAAAAGAAAAAACCCUUACACUUGAAUGGUCAGGUGUAGUUCUGAGCUUUAGCUACCAAAAUUAAGAAAAGGUUUGGCCCUUAUGCAUUCACAUCCUUGCUCAAUAAACAAAACACAAAUAUGAGUUUCCUUCUCUAGAACUAGUUUUCAUCCCUAAAAAUGGAGAUUCAACUGCAUUUCUUAAUUCUACUUGCUGAGCAUUCCCCAGAUCACCAAAAUACGCUUACAAACACAAACUCUCCUUUCUGUUCUCUGCCUCCUUAGAUUCCCACCCUGGCUUAAAAAAAAACUUAUGCCAGACACUGACUUAGUGAGCUCAAUUAUGCUUGCCUUUAAGACAACUAUAGAACUGAGACAUGAACAGCUUUGCUUUUCCCUAGUUACCCGGACAUAAUGCCUUUUCAUUUGUUUCUUGUAUUUGUGAAACAAAUUUUAUUUUCCUGCCUCUUUUCCAGUAAGGUUGAAAUACAUGCAACCAAGUUAGGAUCUCCCUCUCUCUCAUCAAUAAUAAAGCCAGAAAGUCGGAUUUGAAACAUUGUCCUUGUGGUCCUUGGAAGAACUCCCGGUCUUUAAAUUGACAGUGCAGCUGUUGAUCAAGUAUUAUUCAGAAAAUUAAUAUAUUCUUAAACUAAUUUUCUGUCAGACAAGUUGAUUGUAAAGACUUAUACUUAUGUCUAAGUAAAAACAAUGCCUGUUUACAUCUGUAAGAAACUGACAAAAAUAAUUUGGAUGUAGAAUGAAAAGCUCAACCUCAUUUCAACUCUGUACUAGAUGACAGAAAUGCCCUGUGAUGACCAAAUGCUUGGGCAAUGUAGGGUGACUGCCACCAAUGAGCCAAAAUACAAUCACAUGCAUCAGAGUCAGAGGCUGGCUCCUCAAAGCAAGCCAGCUUUUCUGGUUAGAGAUGGACACAGGAUGUUGGCGGCGUCUACCAACACCCAGAUGAUAUGAGAAAGGGUGACAUUUGUAGCCAUAUAUCUUUCAGAAACAAAUGAAAUCUGCAGUUUAUCCUUAAGAAAAAGAGAAAGCCAUACAAUAGGAUUAUGGUGCAUGAGAAAGAGCAGCUGAACUAGUCAGAUCUGGCUUCUAGUAAAGAUACUUCUAAUUAACCUCAGGCAAGCCCCACAAGCACUGUAUGAACACCCUCACCUGCAAAAUUAGAGAAUAGGUGUGGUGGUGUCCACAUGCCUCUGUUCUCAUAUAACUCAAUGGUCUCCAAACGUCUUUCAUUUAUGAAGAAAGUAUUUUAGAUUUAAAUGAUGUAAAUGUGGGUGGGGACCUAUCCUAUCCACUGUUGCAUCUUAAUGUCCACUACACAUUUAGUUCAUAAUUAAAUGUGAUGAUUUUGAUGCUUUAAAAAUCCUUAAAAUUAGGCCUUGAUGAAAAUCUUCACACAUCUAGCAAUAGCUAGACAAGACAAAAUUUAGGUCAAGAAAUGCUAACCAAUUCAAGACAGAAAACAGUGUUUUGUUCAAGUUCCAUAAUGCAAUCUGACACUGCUGAAAUUGAACUUUGCUAAAUAGAGACUUUUUUUUUUUAAAUCUUAAGGUAGAUUUUUUGUGGUUGUUAAAUAAUUCAGGGACUACUUCAAGUUUUUAGAAAUGCCCCAGUACACAAGUAUCUGAUUAGACUGAAACCACCUAUAAACUACAAUCCAUUAUGUUUUACUCAAAAUAAUUGUGUGCUAUUCUUAUCUUGACUUGUCCAUCUUGAUGGUGCGCAUGGCCAAUUUAGAGUUACACUGGACUUGGGUAAUAGUAAACAUUGUAUCAACAGUUAACACAAUCUGUGAUGCUUUUCUUUUUCUGGAAAAACCUAUGGCAGAUGCACCUGGAGACAAAUUUUUCAAAAGGCUCCUCACGGCACUGGAGGAUGCCACGUAUUACAUACAGAAGUAAAGGCGGUAGCUGCAAAGCAUGUUCCCUAACAUAUUCAUAACAGUGUACUAUACCUUUCCCAGAGGCUUCCUUAGAAAGCAAAGUGUUUUUUUUUUUUUAAAAUCCAUGAAUAAAUGACCAAGAGAUUAUAAAGAAUGCUGUGUUUUGGAGGUGAGACGUGACAAUGUCAAUAAAUGUGGAAAGUAAAAUUUCCCAACAUUUCCAUAAAGGUUUUUCUAGUGUACUACAAAUAAGCCUUAUCUCUAUACUUGUCCUUUAGGAACUUGGUUUCUAAAACAAGAGUUAUCUUGGGAAUCCCCUUUGUUCAUUAUAUAAAAAUGAUGUGACAGAAACAAUUCUUAGGCAUAUUUCACUUCUCUUUAAAAAAUUCUUUUAAAAGUCUAAUAUAUUCUUAAGUGUUCACAUUUGCACAACAGAAACAACUUUUAUUUAACAGAAUGUAUUACUCUUGAAAUGGUUGUUAAAUUUGGCCAAAGCUCUUAAGUAAUUUUGUAGCAUCCUACACUCUGAAUUCUGCAACUCAGUUUAAUCUUCAGACACCCACUUGUUCCAGUCAGUGAAACAGAAAAUUCUAUUUAUCAAAAACACAGUUUCCUGUUUAAAAUGAGCACCCUCUUUGAUAUCAUUUAUUAAAAGCUACUUAUGUCCCAUUACAAGCUGCUAUAUUUGGCAUUUAUUGAAACUACCAGUAAACUCCAAUAUCAUUAUGAUUUAGAAAUCUUCAACAUUUUUGGUAUGUGGCAGAGUUCCAAACAGUUUGACCUUGCAAUGUGAAUGCUCUGUAAACCACAGCAGUGGCUUCUAGGGGAGCUGCUGAGCAGCUGUCAUGUUUCCCAACAGAACAGGGUGUAACAUUCUUCUGCUUACCAUGUUUAUUUAAUGGCACACUCUAACUCUCAGGGCAUGCAGUCUGCUGAAAACAUCAACCAUUAUCAUUGAUUGCUGUGUACCCUUCGCUAUACAGUUAAAAAACAUUUAAACCUAUUUGACUCUUUUGACAACAAAUAAAACACAUUAUUUUAUACUAUUUGGGUCAAAUUAAUUUUAUUAUGCUCCAUGAUGAAUUGCCACCAGUGCAACAUCCUAUUCACUAUACAUUUCAAAAAAAGAAUUCACAUACUAAACAAAAUUUCAGUUGUUUGAAAAUGAAAUGAUUGAAAGUCUUUAUGAAUCUCAUACAUACAAUAUGUGGCUAGCUGAAAUUGUCUAUCACGUAGCAUUUAGAUAUAAAAAGCCUCAUGCUAGUUUGUUAAAUGCAAAGGCUACCAGACGACCAUUUAGCUGGAGAAUAUACAGGAGGCUUUCAGACAACGCACAGGUAUAGUGCUGCUCACAGUGCAGGAUGGUAGAGAACUGAAA